GAACUGUAAAACUAAUGAGACAGGUUGUUUUGUCCGCUUAGGAACAUGAAAUCGGGACAAAUAGUGUAGCUGAUGCUUGGUCCUUUCGCACGAUAUCUGGAAACUUCCACACUCUUCUGAUUAUUCCCAAUUGUCUUCCAGACAUCUUUAUUUAUUCUUUUUGCCAGCCUUUUACCCUUAAAACAAAGCUAACUGCUCCGUAUCGAUUCCAGCAACACACUAAAUCUGUCACAAAUACAGUUUUCUAGGUUCUAACUUGAAGGUGAGAUAGAUAAAGGAGAGUGAAGGGAAGAGGUAGAGGAAGAAGAAAAGAAGAUGGGUGUAGAUUAUUACAAGAUUCUGCAAGUUGACAAGAAUGCAAAAGAUGAUGAUUUGAAGAAGGCUUAUAGGAAGCUUGCCAUGAAGUGGCACCCUGAUAAGAACCCUAUGAACAAAAAAGAAGCUGAAGCAAAAUUUAAGCAAAUCUCUGAAGCCUAUGAGGUUCUGAGUGAUCCACAGAAGAGAGCUAUCUAUGAUCAGUAUGGUGAAGAAGGGCUAAAAGGCCAAGUACCACCUCCAGAUGCCGGUGGACCUGGUGGAGCAACAUUUUUCCAAACUGGAGAUGGUCCAAAUGUGUUCGGAUUCAACCCCAGAGAUCCUAAUGACAUUUUUUCUGAGUUUUUUGGAUUUUCUAACUACUUUGGGGGCAUGGGAGGCGGUGGUUUUGGCGGUGGGAUGAGAGGUGGUACGAGGACAUUUGGCGGCAUGUUUGGUGAUGAUAUAUUCAGUUCCUUUGGCGAAGGAAGACCAAUGAAUCAGGCUCCUCGUAAGGCUCCUCCUAUUGAAAAUACGUUGCCUUGUAGCCUGGAGGAGUUAUAUAAAGGAACCACAAAGAAGAUGAAGAUUUCCAGAGAAAUUGCAGAUGCUAGCGGGAUGACAUUGCCAGUGGAGGAAAUCCUGACCAUUGAUAUCAAGCCUGGUUGGAAAAAGGGGACAAAGAUUACCUUCCCUGAGAAAGGAAACGAAGAACCGAACGUAAUCCCUGCAGAUCUUGUUUUCAUAAUUGAUGAAAAACCGCACAGUAUAUUUACACGCGAGGGCAAUGACCUGGUUGUCACGCAAAACAUAUCGCUGGUCGAAGCAUUAACAGGCUAUACUGUCCAUCUUACAACAUUGGAUGGAAGGAGUUUGACUGUCCCCAUCAGCAAUGUGAUUCAUCCAAACUAUGAGGAGGUUGUCCCAAAGGAAGGUAUGCCGUUUCCAAAAGACCCUUCAAAGAGAGGUAACCUGAGAAUCAAGUUCAAUAUUAAAUUCCCAACGAGGUUGACUGCUGAGCAGAAGUCUGGAAUCAACAAGUUACUGGGUAAAUUUUGAGUUGAAACUUUGUGAAUAUCUUCUCCUCUUUCCUCUUAAUCGACAAUGCUGGCUGCGUGCUGCGUGAUUUGUAAUUAAGUAAUGCAUUUGUUAUCAAGAAGCAAAGUUGUGAUGUAGAACAAUUUUGUACCUCAUAAACGUAUACUGUUUGCUAUAUGUACAUAUAUGUUUGAAUGAUGCAAA